AUGCCAAUAAAGAAGACUAAAAAGAGACUCACCAUUCCGUGGUGGACUGAGGAGCUCGCCGAGAUGAAGAAGCGCGUAGCCACCAGCAGACGCAGGAUCAGGAACGCAGCGCCGGUGCGGAGAGCGUUGGUCGUCAGCCUGUACCUGGAACUAAAAGAAAAUUAUAUGAAGGCGGUCAAAAAUGCACAGACGGAGAGCUGGAAGGAGUUUUGCGGGAAGCAGAGCAGGGAGGGGGUCUGGGAGGGAAUCUACCGGGAUCGUGAGGACGACGACGACUCAGACCAUUGCCGAACUCGACAACUGGCAAAAUUAGUAAACGCGUGUGGUGAUGUGAAGAAUAUCCGCGCCAAGCUGGAGAGUAAGAAAAUUAUCGUUCUUGUGUCAUUGGAUAUAGAGGGAGCCUUCGACAGCGCAUGGUGGCCGGCGAUCAAAGUCCGUUUGGCAGAGGAAAAGUGUCCGAUCAACUUAAGGCGAGUAAUAGAUAGCUACCUGAGUGACAGGGAGGUAAUAGUCAGGUAUGCGGGAGCGGAGAAUAGACGCAAAACCUCGAAAGGGUGCGUCCAAGGCUCGAUUGGUGGUCCCAUCCUGUGGAACCUUCUUCUGGACCCGCUCUUGAAGCAGCUGGAGGCUAGAGGCAAUUACUGCCAAGCCUUCGCGGACGAUGUGGUGAUGCUAUUCGACGGUGGCACAGCCUUGGAGAUAGAGCAACAGGCCAAUGCCGCUCUCGAGCAUGUGCGCGCGUGGGGUGUCAAAAAUAAGCUCAAAUUUGCGCCACACAAAACCAGUGCCAUGGUGAUUACACGCAAGCUAAAGUAUGACACUCCUCGCCUGGCCAUGGGCGGGAUCGACAUUGGAAUGUCGAAGGAAGUGAAGAUACUGGGACUGACGAUAGACGCCGGCCUCACCUUCAACUCUCACGUUGCCGGCGCAUGUAAAAAAGCAAUUGCUAUUUACAAGCACCUUGCCAGAUCUGCACGUGUGAGUUGGGGACUGCACCCAGAGGUCGUGCGUUCGAUCUACACCGCCGUUGUCGAACCUAUAGUGCUGUACGCCGCGAGUGCAUGGGCGCCAGCCGUGAACAAACUGGGGAUAAGAAAACAGCUGAACGUGGUACAAAGAGGCUUCGCUCAGAAGCUCUGCAGAGCCCAUCGCACGGUCUCCCUGCACUCGGCCCUCUUGCUGGCGGGGAUACUCCCCCUCGAUCUUCGAGUGCGUGAAGCUGCUUCACUGUACGAAGCAAAGAGGGGAUUGCCCCAUUCAGCAUUAGGGGACCGGGACAUAGAAACAAUGACAAGUGCGAUGGACUUCCCCCACCCAGCCGAACAGACAACUGUAGAGUUCAGUAGCCUGGUAGACGAGGAACAAUAUAAUAACCACGCCUUUAAUUACGACGUGAGAAUCUUCACGGACGGCAGCAAAAUCGAGGGCAAAGUCGGCGCGGCGCUAUCUUUGUGGGAUAGUGCCACCGAAAUUAAGUCGAAAAAACUUGUACUGCCGUCCUACUGCACCGUGUACCAGGCGGAACUGUUGGCACUACAGAGAGCAGCUGGGGAGGUGCUCAACAGCGAAAAAACUACGUUCGGCAUAUUCAGUGACUCGAUGGCGGCGCUGCAAACUGUCGCCAACCCAACCUCCCCCAUCCGCUGGCAGUGGAAACAAGAAAUGCUCUCCGCCACUGCGCCUCCCAGAAUAAGAGAGUUUCCUUGUUCUGGAUAA